CAUAAUAUCACAUGACCUGUGACGUUAACCAAAGCGGAAGAAAAUGUUUCAACGAUGAAGGAUCAAACGGAGUUUUUAUGAGUUAUUUAUUAUAGAUGUUUUAAAUAAGUUUUAUAUGAUAAGAUCUUCACGCUGUUAGGAUGCCGCUGUUCACACAGAAUAAGCGAAUAGAGCGCCUGAACUCGACCGCAGAACUCUUCAGCAAAUAUCCACAUCUGAUGGAACAUGCAAAGCAGUUUGAGUCCAAGAGUCCGGAACCAGUGGACCCGAAAGAGCUGCUGUACAUCCAGCAGCGGGAGUUUGCUGCCACCACACCUGCAGACAAUUCUGUCUCCAUCCUGGGCUCAGAUGAUGCCACAACGUGCCACUUAGUCGUGCUGCGUGACACAGGUAGUGGAGCAACUUGUCUCGCACACUGUGAUGGUUCCAACACAUGGACAGAAAUUCCUCUCAUAGUCAACGCUGUCACCUCCAGAAGCAACCCAGCUAAAGAUGGCAGAUUACAGCUCCAUCUUGUCGGGGGGUUUCAGGACGAUGAGAAGAUUUCUCACUCCCUCAGUCUCAGUAUACUCGCUGCCUUUCAAAAACAGAAAGAAGAUAUUCACCUUGAAACCUGCUGUAUUACAGAUGUGAAUGAUGCUGUUAAGGAGGGGAUCCAUCGCCCCCUGGUGUACGGAAUAGGAGUAAAUGUUAAAAGCGCUCACGUGUUCCCAGCUACAUUUGCCUGCCGAGGUCCAGCAGAGGAGCUCCGAUCUGCUCGCACAUUCACUGGAGGACAGAUGGUUGAGGCGUAUGAUUCCAGCCGAGAGCUUGUAAAAAUCGGCCCGUGCAGAUGGACACCAAACAAUGACAUGAGCUUCUGGCUGUCACAAGAUGAUGAAACUAUACUGCAGUAUCUGUCCACCUCGCCGAAUGCAGAACCUCCUCACUUCGUCCAGCAUAUCAAAUCCACCAUCCGUUUCCUUUUGGAUCAUCCCACCGCUGAUGGCCUGUUUCCCGGUGGACAGCCGCAGUUCUACCGUCGGUCUGAGGAUGGGGGGUGGAGGAGAAUUUCUCAGCAGUAGUUUCACACACUCUGCACCCUAACAAAAGGCCUUUAAUCAUGUGCCGUUUAUAUUGAAGCUCCAUUAUACUGAUCUGAGAUCUGUUGUGGCCUGAGAAGAGGUCAUGUUGAUGAUUGCAGACCUAAAGGAUGCGAGGAAACAUUCUAAAGGAACUUCAAACCAGAGUGAAAUAUAUGAUAACGGUUUUACUUUUUAAAGUGUUUAUUAUUUCAGGGAUUGUGGAACUUUCGUUGUUGUUUCUGUAUGUCAGUGUCAAUGUGUAACAUUGUGGAGCUGAUUAUUAAAUGUCUUUCCUCUUA